CACAUUUCAUGGAAUAUAUUACUGUAACCCAGCAUGCUAGUGGUAGCCUACAUGCUAUCAUUAGUAUUUUAGCUAGUUUUAGCUUUUUAGCUAAUUUUGGCUUUUACCUGGGUUUUUCACACUGCAUGGACUAUUUCUUGCAUUUCUGCAAGUCUUCAGCAGGUGGCUUCAGACACUUUUGCAUUUUCAUAGGAAAUGCACACUUUCUAGUUAAUCUCUGUAUUUGUGCUGAAGUGUUUCAUUUUUUCAGUAAUACUCUUUGCUACAGGCAUUUAUGUUUCUGAGAAACAGGAAGUUGUGGUUUCCAUUUCCUGUCCAGCAGCUUUUAUCGUUGACCUUCCCUCUCUGACAGCUGAUUCACCUGAUCCUGUAUCCAUGGCAACAGUAAAUAGCGUUCCUCACAGCGGCUCUGAUGGAAAAUUCACAGCAAACAUCUGAACCCAUCAACUUUGUUCAUCAGGAUGAAAUCUGGAAGGCUCAUAUAAAAAUUGAGAAGGAUUCUGGAGAAUUGUGGAGUAAAAACUGGGGCUUCCUGUCUGAAGCCUAUAAGGAGUACGAGAUGAAGAGUGUGAAGCUGAAGACGGGACUGAAAACAGAGCUCCACCCUGAGCUGACGAUUCGACCUUUGACCCCUCCACAAAAACACAUCCAGGUCGGCUCUUCCUCUGCCGUCCCUCUGACCUCUCAGCGUUUCAUUGGAUGGCAUUCUGGAUCAUCGUGCCUCCACCUGGAAAAGUACGGCGCAAUGCAUCAUGGGAGGCGUAGUUUCCUGAAGGAUUUGGGUUGGUCUCUAGAUGCUUGCAGCUGAGUCUGUUACAGUAAAUAAUAAUAAUAACUUAGGAUGUUGGUGAAUCCGUGUAUGGCAGGCA